AUGGAUGUUACUAAGAAUUCUGCUGCUUUGGCUUGGACUAAACCCAAAGAUGAUGGUGGAUCUCACAUUACUGGUUACUUCAUUGAGUACAAAGAAGUGUCGUCUGAUAAGUGGAUUCGUCAUGAGGCAAAGAUUACCUCAACAAUGUAUACUCUUAGUCAGCUCACUACUGAUUCCGAGUAUCAGUUCCGUGUAAUUGCUGUGAAUGACAUUGGAGAGAGUGAACCAGGACCUGCAUCAGAUUCAGUAAUAUGCAAAGAUCCAUUUGAUAAACCAAGCCAGCCAGGAGAAAUUGACACUAUGACUGUUACCAAAGACUACAUUACAAUUAAUUGGGAGGCUCCAGCAUGUGAUGGCGGAAAACCAGUCCUUGGCUACUGGAUUGAAUACCGAAAGUCUGGAGAGAGUGCUUGGAAGAAAUGCAAUAAGGAGCACACAAAGGACAAACAGUACACUCAGGGUGGUCUACAAGAGGCAACAGAAUAUGAAUUCAGAGUAUUUGCUGAAAAUGAAACCGGAAUUAGCAGACCACGCAGAACAGCAACUGGCAUCAAAACUAAACUGGGUGUUGGAACUAAACCAGCUCUCAGGAAAGAGAUGGAUGAGGUCACUGCCAAACUAGCACAAACUGCAACUCUCAAAUGUCAGAUUAUUGGAAGACCUGUUCCAGAAAUUAAAUGGUACAAGGGUGGAAAGGAAAUCAAAGAAGGUCGCAAAUAUGCAGCAACCUCGGAUGGCCGUAAUCAUACACUGACGAUUUCAACCGAUCAACAGGAAGAUGAGGGUCUGUACACAUGCAAGGCUGUGAAUGAGGCCGGCGAGUGUAAGACCAGUGGAACUCUGGUCCUUGAAGCAGCACCACAGUUCCCAGUGCCACUGAAAAACAAAUUCUUUGCAACAUGUGGUAGCACAGUGCGCAUACAUGUUGUUUACAUUGGUCGACCUCAGCCUAAGAUAAUGUGGCUUUAUGGAGCCAAGGCUUUGGAACCCUCUGAGAAUGAAAAUACAGAAUUUGUACUUGGAAGACCUGUUCCAGAAAUUAAAUGGUACAAGGGUGGAAAGGAAAUCAAAGAAGGUCGCAAAUAUGCAGCAACCUCGGAUGGCCGUAAUCAUACACUGACGAUUUCAACCGAUCAACAGGAAGAUGAGGGUCUGUACACAUGCAAGGCUGUGAAUGAGGCCGGCGAGUGUAAGACCAGUGGAACUCUGGUCCUUGAAGCAGCACCACAGUUCCCAGUGCCACUGAAAAACAAAUUCUUUGCAACAUGUGGUAGCACAGUGCGCAUACAUGUUGUUUACAUUGGUCGACCUCAGCCUAAGAUAAUGUGGCUUUAUGGAGCCAAGGCUUUGGAACCCUCUGAGAAUGUGAUAAUUGAAAAUACAGAGCAUUACACUCAUUUGAUUCUCAAAAACGUACAGCGCAGAAUAAACGGAGGAAAAUACAGAAUUAGGAUUAACAACCAUUUUGGGGCUGCAGAUACUGUAACUCACGUUGAAAUCUUAGAUAAACCUGCUAUGCCAGAAGGUCCUCUUGUACUUGAUGCACUGUUGAAGAAUUCUGUGAUAAUUAGCUGGAAAGCACCCAAAGAUGAUGGAGGAUCUAUGAUCUCAAAUUAUAUUGUGGAAAAGUGUGAAGACAAGGAAGGAGCAGAGUGGGAACUUGUAUCAUCAUCUAUCACAGGCACUUCAUGCAGAAUUCCUAACCUUGUUGAAAACGAGGGAUACUACUUCCGUGUUUCAGCACAAAAUCGUUAUGGCAAUAGUGAAUCACUGGAAACGCCUUCUGCUAUCCUCAUCAAGAGUCAGCUACAGAGGCCAGGAGCUCCAUUAAAACCAGUUGUUUCUGGACUUACCAAAAACUCCUGUGUUGUGUCUUGGAAGCCACCUCUCAGUGAUGGAGGCUCUAAAAUUAAGAACUAUUGUCUUGAAAAGCGAGAUAAGAAGAAGGGUGAAUGGGUUGCAGUUACAACAGAUGAAAUCCACCAGACUGUUUAUUCUGUCAAGGGCCUGACAGAAGGUGUUGAGUAUGAAUUCCGGGUGAAAUGUGAAAACCUUGGUGGUGAAAGUGAGUACAGUGAAGUAUCUGACCCUGCCAUUCCAAAUAAUGAUGUUGAAGUGCGUGCUCCUGCCUUCAAGGAAGAUCUCAGAAACAUGAGUGUAAAAUUCAAGAGCAAUGCAACAUUUGUCUGCAAGAUAACAGGACAGCCCAAGCCUGUAAUAAAAUGGUUCAAGCGUGGUAAGGAAAUUCAAGCUGAUGGCACCAAAUUCAAGAUCCAAGAAUUCAAGGGAGGCUACCAGCAGCUUGUUAUUGCUGAUUGUGAUGCAGAAGACUCAACUGUAUAUCAGAUCAGAGCAACAAACCAGGGUGGAUCCAUUUCUGCUACUGUUUCUCUAGAUGUAGAAAUCCCUGCUAAGAUUCAUCUAUCUAAGAAUCUGCAAGGAAAGGAGGCUAUCCCUGCACUUCGUGGUGAAGUUGUGAACAUCAAAAUUCCAUUCAGUGGAAAACCAGAUCCAGUUAUCACUUGGCAGAAGGGACAAGACCUUCUUGAUAAUGAUGGACACUAUCAAGUCAUUGUCACAAGAUCUUUCACAUCUCUUGUAUUCCAGAAUGGAGUAGAAAGGAAUUAUGCUGGUUUCUAUAUUGUGUGUGCCAAAAACAGAUUUGGAAUUGACCAGCAAACAGUUGAGCUUGAUGUUGCAGAUGUGCCUGAUCCACCACGUGGCAUCAAAGCCAGUGAUGUUUCUAGAGAUUCUGUAACACUCCACUGGGUAACAUCUGCCAAUGAUGGUGGAAGUAAGGUCACAAACUAUAUCAUAGAAAAAUGUGCCACCACAGCAGAAAGAUGGAUUCGUGUUGGCCAGUCUCGUGACACCCACUAUACUGUUGUCAAUCUGUUUGGAAAGACAAGUUACCAAUUCCGUGUCAUAGCUGAAAAUAAAUUUGGUCAGAGUGCACCGUCUGAUCCAAGUGGACCUGUUGUAACGAAGGAAGACAAAUCAAGAGUUCUUACCUAUGAUGAAGAAGUUGAUGACACCAGGCCAGUUUCCAAAAGCAAAGCUCCUCAUUCAGAGGCUAAGAAUGUUCACAAGAAGUACAUGAUUGCUGAAGAGCUUGGCCAUGGACAGUUUGGUAUUGUUCACCGGUGCAUUGAAACCAGCUCUGAGAAAACUUACAUGGCUAAAUUUGUCAAAGUAAGAGGUGCAGAUCAGGCACUAGUGAAGAAAGAAAUUGCAACACUGAAUGUGGCACGCCACAAGAACUUCUUGUUAUUGCAUGAGUCAUUUGACUGCCCUGAAGAACUAGUCAUGGUUUAUGAGUUCAUCUCUGGUGUGGACAUAUUUGAGCGCCUUGGUACAGCCAAUUUUGAGCUAAAUGAGCGUGAAAUUGUUAACUAUAUCAGACAAGUAUGUGAAGCUCUUGAAUUCCUUCACAGCAAGAGUUAUGGCCACUUUGAUAUCAGGCCUGAAAAUAUAGUGUACACCACAAGAAAGGGAACUAAUGUCAAGAUCAUUGAGUUUGGACAGUCUAGACACCUUACACCUGGGGACCAAAUUAAGAUUCAGUACACAACAGCUGAGAUGGCGGCACCAGAAAUUCAUCAAAACGAGAUGGUUAGCACUGUGACAGAUAUGUGGUCUGUCGGUGUUCUUGUGUAUGUUCUUCUCAGUGGAUUUAAUCCAUUUGCCGCUGAAACUAAUCAGCAAAUGAUUGAGAGCAUUUGCAAUGCUGAGUACAGUUUUAAUGAUGAAGCCUUUAAGCAUGUAAGUGUUGAGGCAUUAGACUUUGCGGACCGCCUACUAACCAAAGAGCGCAAACAUCGUAUGACCGCUGCUGAGGCUUUGAAUCAUCCUUGGCUGACAAUGAACUCAGAGCAGCUAAGCACUAGGUCCAUCAAGAUUACUCGCCAUAAGAGAUAUUACCAAGCCAUGGUUAGGAAAGAAUGGAACACUGUUGUCUCAUCUGCUCGUGUUGCCAGUGGUGGUGCUAUCAGAAGUCAGCGGGGAGUAACAGUCUCUAAAGUGAAGAUUGCACCAUUUGAACAUGGACCAGUUGCAGGACAAAUUAAACACAGUGCUGCUGAUGAAGGUGAUGAUAUCAAGCUCAUUUGCAACAUUGAUAACUACGAUAGCACCACCGAAGUAACAUGGUACUGUGGAGUAAGACAACUAGAAGAAGGCACUAAAUACGAAAUUACUUAUGAAGAUGGGCUUGCUACCAUAACUAUCAAGGGAAUCACAAGAACUGAUGAUGGAACAUACAGAUGUAAAGUUGUCAAUGAGUAUGGUGAGGACAGUGCCUAUUCCGAGCUCUUUGUCAAAGGAGUAAGAUCCUAUCGUGAGUUCUACACUACACGUGUUGUAAAGAAAGUAAAACGUAGAGUUGACACAGCAAGACUACUCCAAAGACCUCCUGAAUUCACUUUGCCAUUGUGUAACCGCACAGCUUACAUUGGAGAGGAUGUGCGCUUUGGUGUCACAAUCACAGUGCAUCCUGAACCUCGUGUAAUGUGGUUGAAAACUGGUCAAAAGAUUAUGCCGGGAGAUGAUGACAAGAAAUACACUUUUGUUAGUGAUAAGGGCUUGUAUCAGUUAGUUAUUCACAAACUUGACCCAGAUGAUGAUGCGGAAUACACUGUUGUGGCACGGAACAGAUUUGGUGAUGACAGUUGCAAGGCUCGUCUCACAGUGAUCCCUCGUCCUGCUCCUGCUGAUAACACUUUGAGACCUAUGUUCAAACGUGUUCUUGCUAACUUGGAAUGCAGAGAAGGCCAGAGUGUACGUUUUGAAAUGAGAGUGUCAGGACAUCCUUCAUUGAAAUGGGAGAAAGAUGGCAUGCCUUUGGCAUUUGGUCCACAAAUUGAAGUUGUGCAUGAAGGCUUAGAUUACUAUGUCUUACAUGUAAGAGAUACUCUUCCAGAGGAUUCGGGCACAUACCGAGUCAUUGCAACUAACUCAGCUGGGUCUGCAAGUUGCCAAUCCACACUCAAGGUUGAACGUGUGACACACAUCAAGAAGGAGGAGAGUGAGGAAGAAAAGAAGAAGAAACAUGAUCUUGAUCAGCAAGAGAUGGACAAGAAAGUAAGACUAACUCAGAUACUAGCAGGUGCAGAUGUUACCCCACUUACUCCAGUCGCACAGCAAGCACUAAGAGAAGCUGCAACUAUGUUCAAGCCAGCAAUCACUACCAAGAAAGUCAAGAGUGAAGCUGAGGAAGCCAAAGAAAAAGAGGAGAAAAAGAAGAGAGCAGAAGAAAAGAGGCUGAGAAUGCCGUAUGUUAUUCCUCCACCUCGUGUUGUUGCUCCUACUGCUCUUGAGGAGGAUAUGGAAAUCAAACACUUUGUUCCUUUCUCUGAUAUGAAGUGGUACAAGAAACUCCGUGAUCAAUAUGAGUUCCCGGAGCCAAUAGAAAAGUUCCCCCAGAAAAGACUUAAGCGCAUCCGACUGUCAAGAUGGGAUCAGUUCUAUGAAGUACCCCUGCCAAGAAUUAAUGACCAAUACAAGCCAAAAUGGCAUAUUCCUGUUUCACAGGAUGACCUUGAGACUGUAAGGCCAGCAAGACACCGCACACCUUCUCCAGAGAUGGAGGCUUACUACAGAAUCAGGAGACGCUCUCUUGGUGAUCUUUCUGAUGAGGAACUGCUUCUGCCUGUUAGAGAAUACUUGUCAAUGAAGAGAACAGAAGAAGAAAGACUUAAACUCGAGGAUGAACUUGAGUUAGGCUAUUCUGCUUCUCCACCAAGUCUUAGCCCUGUACGCUUUGAACUCUCUGCACUGCGUCACCCAUCACCUAAGAGAGCUGCAUAUGAUGAGGAGGAAGGGGAGGAAGUUCCAACAUAUGACUCUUACCGUAUUCCAUCUAAAUAUGAAGCUGGUCCAAGCUAUAUUGACUUAUGUCAGCGUCACGAUAGGGCAACAUACAGACCUCCAAGGCAAAAACAAAGGUUAUAUGAGGAAAAAGAGGAUCAGGAACUGCUUAGGUCUGUCACGACAGCCACAAAAUUAACUUCCUACAAGAGCCAACUGCAGCACAUUGAGUUCGAGGAGAAAACAAAGGUCAAAAGAAAGGAGAAAACAAGAUUUUCUGUGUCAGCAGUAACUGAGGCAGCAGUCCUAACUGAAAUACCUACAACAUCAUUCUCUCCUGGCUAUGCUACAGCAACUCGUCCUAAGAAACCUUCUGCAGCUCUGGCAGAAAAAGAAGUGGUUAGAACAACUUCCCUUGAAAAGACACGCCCACGUUCCCCCAGCCUUGAUUCUACUGAGAAAGCAGACACUACACCAGACUUAUCAACAAAAAUUGAUUAUAUGUCAAGGUAUGAGUCAAGAAAGAAAGCCUUGAAAACUGAGAGGAAGUUUGAAAUUGUGACCCAGCAGCCUUUUACCCUCGACCAUACACCCAGAGUGACAGUAAGAAUGUGCUCUCACCGUGUGCCAAUUGGUCAAAACACUAAGUUCACAAUGAAUGUCCAAUCGAAGCCAGAAGCACAGAUUAAAUGGUACCACAAUGGACUGCAGAUUGAAGAAAGCAGAAAAUACCAUAUAUUUAACAUGAGUGGCGUUUUGUCUCUUCAAAUCAUUGAUUGUCAGGAAGAGGACAGUGGCACCUACCGUGUUGUCUGCACAAAUGCAAAGGGAGAGGCCUCUGACUAUGCCACUCUCGAUGUUGCUGGUGGAGGAUUUUCUGCAUAUGCCUCGCAACGUAAAGAUGAGGAGCCACCAACUCCCUUUGUCCCUGAGAUGACAAAAACAGAUGUUUAUCAUGUUUCAUCUACAAAAGCAGCAUCAGUAUCAGAAACACAAAUGGAAGUAUCUGAAAUUAAAACAGACAAGAUAGAAGAGACAAUUGAGACUGUUGUUGAGGAGGAGAAGGUAACAUCUGUAAUCAAACUUGAAACUAUGGAAGUGACAGCAGUUGAGGAAGUUGUGGUUGAGAAAAUUUCUGAGACUGAACUUGAAGCUACAGAAGUGACAACAGUAGUGGAAGAAGUGGUUGAGGAAAAGAAGCCAACUCUCCCAGCUACAAUUUUGACUAAACCACAGUCACUCACAGUAUCUGAGGGAGAAUCUGUUAAAUUCACAUGUGAUGUUGAUGGUGAGCCUGCACCCACUGUAACAUGGAUGCGAGAGACGCGAGUAAUUGUGUCAUCUCAUCGUCACCAUAUUACCUCAACUGAAUAUAAAUCGACCUUUGAGAUUACCCAAGUAGAAACGUCAGAUGGAGGCAAUUACACUGUAGUGGUAGAGAACUCUCAAGGUAAACAGGAGGCACAGUUCAGUCUAACUGUUCGUAAACCAACACCUGUACAGAAGGUUGUUGCUUCUCCUCCAAGAGUGAAAUCUCCAGAGUCCCCCCGUAUAAAGUCACCAUUUGGAAUUAGGUCUCCACAGAGAAUUAAAUCACCAGAACCAUUUAAAUCUCCACCAAGAGUUAAGUCCCCACCCAUGGUAAAAUCACCUACUCCAAAAGAAAAAGCAUCCAAGCCAACCUUCUCAGCAGAACUAAAAGACAUUUCAGCCUCUGCAGAUACUAUUAUUAAGCUUACAGUGAAAGUGUCCGGUGAGCCUAAGCCAUCAAUCUCUUGGAUGAAGGAUGGAAAAAACCUCUCUCAAGGUGGAAAAUAUGAAAUCUUUGAAAAACAUGGUUCAGCACAUCUUGAAAUCUAUGAAGCUGAUGUCUCUGAUAGUGGAGUAUACACAUGUACAGCCAAAAGCAGUGCUGGAUCUGUUACUACAAACUGCACUGUUACCGUUCAAGCGCGGACAACGACAGUUGGCAUGGAACAGAAAGCAGAGAUGACAGAGCAAAUAGUGAAAAAGGAGAUUGCUUUUGAGGAAGUGCAGUCCUUUACAGAAAUUAAAGCAUCAAAAUCCCAAAUGACUAUGAGUCAAGGUCAGACUGUUACGCUACGAGCAAACAUCCCUGAAGCCUCUGAUGUGAAAUGGAUCCUGAAUGGAGCCCAGCUAUCAAAUUCAGAGAACUACAGAUACGGUGUGUCAGGAAAUGAUCACACCCUGACAAUUAAAAGCAUCAGCCACCAUGACCAGGGAAUUCUCACAUGUGAGGCCAAAACUGAACAUGGUGUAGUCAAGUGCCAGUUUGACAUGACCGUCAGUGCAAUGCGCUCAAAUGCACCAAGUUUCCUUGUGCAACCACACUCAAAGAAUGUAAACGAGGGACAAAAUGUCACAUUUACAUGCGAAAUCACUGGUGAACCUUCUCCUGAAAUUGAGUGGCUAAAGGAUAAUUCAGUAAUAUCUAUUACAUCGAACAUGAAAUUGAGCCGGUCUAAGAAUGUGUACACACUUGAGAUUCACAACGCUACCAUUGAAGACAGCGGAAAAUACACAGUAAAAGCAAAGAACAAAUUUGGACAGUGCUCUGCAACAGCAUCACUGAAUGUCCUCACUCUGGUUGAGGAACCUGCCAAAAUGAUAAUUGUGGAGAAAGCCUCUGAUGCUACGAGCAUGCAGGGCAGUUAUUCUGCCAAGCAUGCGGUUUCAAAAAUGCAAGAGACAUCCUUCAGCAGUUCCAGCAUGGCUGAGGUUAAAUUUGAGAGCAUGUCAGCGUCUAGCAUGACCUCCAUGACUUCUGAAAGAAUGAUAGCUAUGAGCUCCAGCAGUAUGAUGGCACUGUCCAGUCACUCGCAUGUUGAGGGGUCAUCCAUCAAAGCCAUUUCUCAUGGCCACAAAGGUAUACCACCAAAGAUUGAGGCUGCUCCUCAAGAUAUCAGUAUUGAGUCAGGGAAGGUCCUGACUGUAGCCUGUGCUUUCAUUGGAGACCCAACCCCUUGCAUAGAAUGGUCACAUUCAGGGAAGACACUAUCCAGCAAGGAGCAAGAGAGUGGGCGAUUGCAGAUUGAGACUUCUCAAGAUGUUACCACUCUUGUUAUAAGUGGAGUGAAAGAGACUGAUGCUGGUGCAUACACCUUAAAACUUUUUAACGAGUUUGGAUUUGAUACCACUACUGUCAAUGUCAGGAUUCGAUGGAUGUAAAAAAAAAAAAUUAUAUAAUAGCAAUACAAUCCUCACCCCAUUUCCCUCAUUCAAAUCCUUUUUAUUUAUAGAAUGAGAAAAAAAAAUACUCUGUUCUUGAUAAAGACCUGAAUUUCUGUUCUUGUAAAUAUUAACUUUUUUUUUUUUUUUUUUUACCAAACUUGACAUUAAUUUAUGCCAAACUAGACUAAAGUCUAAAGUUGUUAUAAAAUGUACCAUAUUGGAUAA